GUAGCGUCAAACUUCUGAAAGAAGAUGUCGUCUCACAAGGAAUCUUCCGAGUACGAGAUGCAAUACAGAUCCACCAUCCAGCCAAGAACAGCGGUUCGCUCUCAAUCACGUCAGUCUGGAAACUACGUGUCUGGUGGAAAUGGAGCAGGAUCCGGAGGACGCGUGCUAAAGAUGGUGACAGAGAUGGGAUCAGCUACAGUCGGAGGAAUUUCACCGGCCUUGUCCGCAAACGCAGCAAAAUCGUUCCUUGAGGCGACUGAUAAGGAAAAGAAGACACUGCAGGGACUCAAUGAUCGUCUCGGAAAUUACAUUGAUCGUGUCAAGAAACUCGAAGAGCAGAACCGUAAAUUGGUUGCUGAUUUGGAUGAGCUUCGCGGAAAAUGGGGAAAAGACACAUCCGAGAUUAAGAUCAAAUACUCCGAAUCCCUCUCAACAGCUCGUAAGGACAUUGACGAUGCUGCUCGUAGAAAGGCAGAGGUUGAUGUGAAAGUUGCCAGACACCGUGACGACUUGGCUGAGUACAGAUCCAGAUACGAAGAUAUCCAGCAACGCCGUGAGUCCGAUCGCGAGAAGAUCUCCCAAUGGACCAAUGCUAUCGCUGAUGCUCAAUCCGAAGUUGAGAUGCUCCGUGCUCGUUUCAAGCAAUUGACAGAUGAGGAGAAGCGUGUUACAGCUGACAACUCGAGAAUCUGGGAAGAACUUCAGAAGGCCAGAAGCGAUCUUGAUGAUGAGACCAUUGGCAGAAUUGACUUCCAAAAUCAAGUGCAGACUUUGAUGGAGGAGCUCGAAUUCUUGAGAAGAGUUCACGAACAAGAGGUUAAGGAACUUCAAGCUCUCCUUGCUCAGGCUCCAGCUGACACCAGAGAGUUCUUCAAAAACGAAUUGGCUCUUGCCAUCCGUGAUAUCAAAGAUGAGUAUGAUAUCAUUGCCAAGCAAGGAAAGCAAGACAUGGAGUCCUGGUACAAGCUCAAGGUUUCCGAGGUUCAAGGAUCUGCCAACCGUGCCAAUAUGGAGUCCACCUACCAGAGGGAUGAGGUCAAGAGAAUGAGAGACAACAUUGGAGAUCUCCGCGGAAAAUUGGGAGAUUUGGAGAACAAGAACUCACUUUUGGAGAAGGAAGUUCAGAACUUGAACUACCAAUUGACCGACGAUCAAAGACAAUACGAAGCUGCCCUCAACGACAGAGAUGCUACAUUGAGAAGAAUGCGUGAGGAAUGCCAAACAUUGGUUGCUGAGCUUCAAGCUCUUUUGGAUACCAAGCAAAUGCUUGACGCCGAAAUUGCCAUCUACAGAAAAAUGCUCGAGGGAGAAGAGACCAGAGUCGGACUCACCCAAAUGGUUGAGCAAGCCGUCAAGACGCAUUCUCUCCAACAACAAGAAAACACUGAUUCGACAAGAUCAGUUCGCGGUGAGGUAUCCACCAAGACCACCUUCCAAAGAUCCGCCAAGGGAAAUGUGACAAUUUCCGAGUGUGAUCCAAAUGGAAAGUUCAUCAAGCUUGAGAACUCGCACAGAAACAAGGAUGAGAAUGUUGGUGAGCACAAAAUCAGAAGAAAGUUGGAUGGAAGACGCGAAAUUGUCUAUUCCAUUCCAGCCAAUGUUGUUAUCAAGCCAGGAAAGAACUUGACCAUCUACGCCCGUGACCAAGGAGGCAUCAACAACCCACCAGAGUCUCUUGUCUUCGAUGGAGAGAACACCUGGGGAAUCGGAGCCAAUGUUGUGACGUCAUUGGUGAACAAGGAUGGAGAGGAGCGUGCAACACACACCCAGAAGACCAUCCAAUCCGGACAAUAAGCUCUCAUUAUUUUUAAACAACUUUUUCUCUUUUAAACAACUCCCCAAAAUCACUCAAGUUCUCUAGUUUCUGUCCAUAAUUUUCUUAUUAUUCUUGAUGAUAGACCUUCUCGACAUUUUUUCUUUAAAUUGAUUCAUUGAAACUGCCUAAAACUGACCAAAAUAUUGAAUUGAUUUGCUUAAGACUCUUCACUUAAAAUCGCUAAUCUGAAAUUCAUUUUAAAAAACAUCAAAAAAAGAACAAAAACGUUUGCAAUUCUUUUCAUAAUACACUGCUUUUCCCGUUCAAACUUCAAGUGUUUCCCCCCGCUCAUUUUCCACCGAAAAAUCUUUCUAUUCAAUGUUUUCUACUUCUUUUUCAAUUUUAAUAAGAUUUUUUAUUCAGUUUAGUUU